UCGGCCACCUCUGUCUGCAGUGUCCAGCAUUUUGCUGCAAAGUCAGUCCUGCCUGCUUCUGGAAAUGGCUCCUAAGAAGAAGGAAGAGCCGAAGCCUGCUGCACCAGCGGCCCCAAAGCCCCCAGAACCGGAGCGCCCUAAGACUCCCGAGUUUGACCCAACAUCAGUGACGCUGGAGUUUACCCCGGAACAACUCGAGGACUUCAAAGAUGCGUUCCAGCUGUUUGACCGAACGCCAACCAGUGAGAUGAAAAUAACGUACGCUCAAUGCGGUGACCUGAUCAGGGCUUUGGGCCAGAAUCCCACCAAUGUAGAGAUCAUGUAUGUCCUUGGGAAGCCCAAACCUGAAGAUAUGCAGACCAAGAUGCUUGACUUUGACCAGUUCCUCCCAAUUUACCAACACAUCUGCAAGGCCAAGGACCGUGGAACAUUUGAGGAUUUUGUUGAGGGUUUGAGGGUGUUUGACAAGGAGGGGAACGGCACGGUGAUGGGUGCUGAGCUCAGACACGUGCUGGCAACCCUGGGUGAGAAGAUGAGGGAGGAUGAAGUGGAGCAGCUGAUGCAAAACCAAGAAGACGCCAAUGGCUGUAUAAAUUAUGAAGCUUUUGUAAAGUACAUCAUGGCUUCAUAAAAUAACCGUUUGAGCCUUACUGUGAUUUUUGUGCCACACGUCACAGGACACACGAAAAGCCAAUGAGUGUUUUUCAAUGAGACCUUUUAAGCAGAACAUAUCUACAUUUGUGUGAGUCUCAUCUUGUACAAUUUUCAUUUACACAUGUCAUUAAAUGUACUCACAAAUGCAUUGUCUAAUUUUUUAAGGCUCACCUCUGUACAAUCUUUAGAUCUUGGUACAUAAAUACACUUGGUUCGUA